GCAAGGGCUUGCACCAGCAACCAUUUUCCGAAGUGGGGAACGUCAAACGUGUUUGUCAAUCAAAAGAGUUGAAACUUCUCUCGUCAUUAUAUACUCCCAACAUUUCCUCCUCUUAAUUAAUCUCCACACAAAUCAUAAAGCUCUGACCUUUCAAUAUAUACCUUCCCCACUCCCCAGACUUGUUCAGCCCAAGGUUAUGGACCCAGAGGCUGUAAUAAGCACUUUCGAUUCUUUCUGGUUCAAUCUCCAAAUCCUCAAGAAACGAUCAAACCCACCAUCUUCCUCGAGCUUUGAAAACACCCCAGACAGCAAAAUUCCUCAAAACGUUUCAGCAUCAAAGAAAUUCUCAAGCUUAUUGGCAGUUGAAACCAGGUCAAAAGGUGAACUUUUGCGUUCAAAUACCGGGUACAACUCCGACUCCUUUUCCCCUGUUUCAGUCCUCCCGCCGGAGUCUCCUUUCCGAACAACUCCGGAAGUGAAGAGGGGAAACAGAGCAAGAAGAACAGGGAGGAGAAAGGGGGAGAGUGGGUGGGGUAGCAAGAGCUUGUCGGAGCUGGAAUUUAAGGAGCUGACAGGGUUUAUGGACCUUGGGUUUGAAUUCUCAGAAGAAGAUGUAAAUUCAAGUCUGGUUGAGAUCAUUCCUGGGUUGCAGAAGCUGGGCAAGAAAGAAGAGGAGAAAGAAGCUUCUGAGAAGAAUCAGAAUAAGUCUGCUAAAGCCCGGCCUUAUCUCUCUGAAGCUUGGGAGGUUAUGGGGGAAGAAAAGAAGGAGAAGAAGGGAUUGAUGUACUGGAGAAUCCCAUCACUGAGCAAUGAGGUGGUCGUCAAAGAUAGUCUGAAAUUCUGGGCUCAUUCUGUGGCAGCAGCUGUUAGAUGAUGAUAACUUUGUACGAUGAUAAUUAAUGUCAGUUUUUGAUUCAAUCAUUUCUGUUACAUGUUAGGAUUAUGAUGAUUUUUGUUUUCGUGUGUUUUUGGUCAUCGAAUAUGUAAAAACAGAAUCAGGGACACAUGUGCGGUUUUAGCUGUUGUAUUCCACUUUUUCCAUCGAGUCAGAAUAGUCUCUAGUCUAGAAUAAAAGAAUUUCCGAUAUACACAUGAUAAAAAGAGAGAAUUCAUAUGAUGUUUUGAAGUGUAAUGCUCGAAAGACAUUAUGAGAGUGUGUCUUAAUACCACCAUGUCUCUCCCUAAGUCCCACAGUAUUGCUUGAAAGGAGAUAAAAUACUACUCCCUCAGUCCCAUCUUAUAAGAUAUUUUUCCUAUGCACUUAGUCAACACAAAUUAUUCUUAAUCUUUUAUUUUAUAUAUCAAAAUUAUAUGAUAUUUGAAUUACUUUUUG